UAUGUGGAUAUCAUUACUGUGACACAAAUAGGUAAUUAAACGUUUACAAAAUAUUAGGGACACAUUGUACAGAGCGGUGACAACCGUCUCUAUAGUUGUGCAAGUUGAAUAACCAUGACUACAAAAAGCUGAAGCUUAGCUAGCUAGUCAAACUAUGUUGUUUACAGCUAAAUAAUUCACUGAGCUACUUCAGACCAGCCUAUCUAGCUCCGACAGCGAUAGGAAGACGGUGAGAAGUCGUGUUGUUACAUUUACAUGAAAUGUAUUUAAAUAAUUGCCAGGUUUGUACACAUGAAGUCGGAUUUAAUGUCUAUUUGUCAAUUCAAUGUGUCGUCCUUGGCUAGGGGCUAGCUAACGUCAGCUAACAGCUAGCUAACUCCACACUUUCGCCUUGAUGACGGCAGCAGCUUAUGAACAAAACAAACAAGUCACUCACCCUCGCAGUUUCUGUACAGGACGGCCUGAACAACCAAGGCAGCUAACGAAAUCCGUAGGUUAGCCAUGAUCAAUAAAUUCCCGGUUCAUCGCAUUAAGACAUUUAGUUAGCUAGCUAACGUAAGAGGUGGCGAGGCGUGAUGAUGACAGCUAACCAGGCUGUCAGUGAACAGUUUACUAACAUUCUCCACCAGCAGGCAGCAGCAUUGACAGCCACAGACUGCGGAUUAAAGAGGUACGACUUACCUGCUUGGGAUGCAAUCAUCAGAGCAGUGUUGCCGUCAUUGUCCUGAUGAUUUAUGUCUAUAAAGGGACAGGUGUGAAGCCCAUAUACAAUGUCCACGAAACCUUUGCAGCAAGCCACCAUCAAGCCAUUCUGUUGGUAAUAGUCAACGAACUUUCCGCAGAGCGACGGAUUCAUUACGAGCACAUGCUCGAUACAGUGUUAAUGCUGCAUGCCCGUCUGUUAUCUCCGGCGUGUAGUCUGGAAGCACCGAGUCAUCAGAGAGGAUGCUGUCUGAAUCGGACUCGUCCCCCGACAGAGACAUGUCGUCCUCAUCAGGGCCUGAGCCCAGGUGUGGGUCCUUCGCUGCAGUGGCCAUCUUUCAACGGUAGAACAGGUUUCACACACCAGCCCGGAGAAACUGUUAUCGGAUGAAAACAAUCAGGACAUCCAGACGCAAUUCAAGUGUGCCAGGAAGUCCAGUGUGGCUGCAGGAUGCAAAGUCUUGAGUCUAGCAGCAGGAGUGGAUCAUCAUGAGAGGGGGUCACCACCAGCGAGGGUGUGGGUGUCAGCACCUGUUCAGAAAACUGCUCAGCAAAUGUGGCUGCUGCUUUGUUCAACUUAGAGCAGAGUCUUACUCUGUGGCAGGCAGUGCAGUCAGUAUCACCCCAUCAAUGGGCCCUGUGCCCCACCAGGCCUCAGGCAGUUCCAGCCCCUGCUCACACUCCUCGUCUGGAGGAUCACGGCACCCUGUCAGUGCCCUCAAGAAAUGGCUCACCAAUCCCGUCCGCAAGCUGAGCUCUGAUGCCAGAGGAGGAGCGGGAAAAGUCGAGAAGCAGAUGUGCAGGUCAGACAGGAGGCAACCGCCAUUGCUCUUUUCCCACAAUGAAACUCAGCCGAGGCCUCUGGAACCGCACAACAACUACACCAUCCUCUCGUCAGGAGACACGGUGUUGAAAGACAGUCUGUUGAGUCCAGCAACUCCUUCUCCUACACAGCCGCCCUGUCACAGCUACUUAUCUGACCUCCUGCAAGGCACAGACACACAGAGUCAAAAGUCCAGUAUCCACACUCUCCAAGGGGAAGAUGGCUGCACUGUGACUGAUGACUCAGCCAGCCAGUGGUCUGCUACGGUGGACAGCGAAGAGGAGAGAAACAUUGCCUUAGAAAAGAGCAUAUAUGUGCUGACAGAGCUGAUAGAGACAGAAAGGUUGUAUGUGGAAGAUCUUGGACUCAUAGUGCAGGGCUACAUGGGCACCAUGGCCAAUCAGGUAGUUCCAGAGGACCUAAAAGGGAAGGAUAGGAUUGUGUUUGGAAACAUCCAACAGAUCUACGACUGGCAUAAGAAUUAUUUGCUGGGAGAGCUGGAGAAAUGUGUGGGUGAUCCUGACCGCCUGGCCCAACUCUUCAUCAAACAUGAACGGCGUCUUCACAUGUAUGUGGUUUACUGUCAGAACAAACCAAAAUCAGAACACAUUGUCUCUGAGUACAUUGAGACCUACUUUGAGGAUCUCAGGCAGCAGUUGGGUCACAGGCUGCAGCUCAAUGAUCUGCUUAUCAAACCUGUUCAGAGGAUCAUGAAGUAUCAGCUACUGCUGAAGGACUUCCUGAAGUACUACAGCAAAGCUGGAAGGGAUGUUGAGGAGCUGCAGGGGGCGGUGGAGGUGAUGUGUUUUGUGCCAAAACGCUGUAAUGAUAUGAUGAAUGUGGGCAGGCUCCAAGGUUUUGAGGGGAAAAUAACGGCUCAGGGGAAGUUGCUCCAGCAGGAUACCUUCUCUGUCAGCGAGCAGGAAAGCGGCUUACCGUCCAAAGCGAAGGAGAGGAGGGUCUUUCUGUUUGAGCAGCUGGUCAUCUUCAGUGAGCCAAUUGAUAAGAAAAAGGGCUUCUCUUUGCCAGGGUACACUUUUAAGAACAGCAUCAAGGUCAGCUGUUUGGGCGUGGAGGAGCACUCUGAGAAUGAUCUAUGCUCUCUGGUUCUGACCUCCCGCGGGACUAAUGGCAGUGUGACGCGCUUCAUCAUGCAGGCAUCAUCUCUGGAAAUACAGCAAGCUUGGUUUGAUGACGUGGUCCAGAUUUUGGAGAGUCAGAGGAACUUCCUUAAUGCCCUUCAGUCUCCAAUAGAGUACCAACGCAGGGAAAGCAAAUCAAACAGCCUGGGCAGGAACAUGAAGUCUCCAACUGCGUCAGCAUCUGGCCUGCGACCUCACUCCUCUGCAUCCAUGGACCGACGCCAGAAGCCCUGCCUGCUCUCUUGCAACACCUCCCUGCCCUCUCUGCAUCCACCACACCACAGCCCAGCCUUGAAAGUGCUUUCUAAUCCCUGUGCUGCGAGACCUCAAACAGCUCUCCCUCCACUUUCUCCCCCCGAGCAGCUCAGUUUGUACACAGAGGGUGUGACUUCCAGUUUCCAGGAGACCACAUUAAACAUGGGUGCCCAUCGACCAAACAACCUGGAUCACCUGAAGGAGAUUGAGCAGUAAAAUGAACUACGAUGACAAAUGAACUCCCUUUACUUUUCUGCAGUAGGAGUGCCUCAACUGAGUCAGCGUGAUCUGUCAGCAUUGUUUGUUUCACUCCUGUACAGAUGUCAUCAAGGUCUCAGUGUCUCCGUUCCUCACAUUUUGCUCUUAAUUUCCCUCCAAAUAUCAAUCAAAUACCACCAUGGUUUAGCUUAAUCUGGAUUUGAUCUUGUAUAAUCAUAUCUCUGUGCGUGUGUGUGUGUGUGUGUGUGUGUGUGUGUGUGUGUGUGUGUGUGUGUGUGUGUGCGUGUGCGCAUACAUAUUCGCACAUUCACACAUCUACAGAUGGUGAAAUGUGUGAAAAUGCAGUUUUGAAGAACCACAGAGACUGUACUUCAUAUUGUACGUAUAUGUAUACAUUUCUUACUUUUUUCAUUAGAAUUCAUGGAUGAAUAUUUUUGUAGAUCAUAAUAUUUUCAUAAAGGACCAAUUACACUUUAUUUCCCCUGAGAACUCUAAUCUCAAAUCCCUUUAUGCAGUCAUACUCUGUGUUCUCAAAUGUCUGUAUCCUUGAAAUCACUGAGUGAUUGCAGAUUCCAGCUUCACUGUGGAGUCUGAAUCCAUACAAGUUGUGUAUGUCUGUGUGUUCCUUGCAAACACUGUGUGUUCCUUGAGAAAAUAGCUGUUUUCCCUUUGGUGGGCUAUUUUAACCCUGCAAUUGUUUUACUGUUAUCUGAACCAAACACAUUUGCAAACUCACACAGGGCACACGUCCUAAUCAAGCAGAAAAAGGACAAAGGGAAGACAAAGGUGCUCACCGGUCACUGUCAUGUUGAAUGUAAAUAAUCUCAUGUGUGAUAUGUGAUCAUAUCAAUAAAGCUAUUUGACUUGUGUCCUGAUACACAC